AUGUUUCAGAAUGUAGAGAAAGAGAACUUGGUGGUGUCAAUAGAUUGGAAGCCUCUGAAAUGGAAUCGGUCAGGUAGCUUGUCUUCGAAGGGGUCUGGUUUCAGCCAUUCGAGUAGCUCCAAGAGUGUUGGAGCCUACUCCAAUGAGACUCUGGUGGAGGUGCAGCUGAAGAAUGUGAUGUCUGUUCAGUCUCCUUCUGGGGAUGAUGCUGCUUGCGUGGCAUCCACUGCUCCAGCUCUAUCUGAAGAGUCUAAUUUAAGGAAGAAGCCACGCCUUGGCUGGGGCGAGGGAUUAGCAAAAUAUGAGAAGAAGAAAGUUGACUGCCCUGAAGAUAUAAGAGUCCUAGAGCUGCAUGUUUAUCAGAUUUUGUCUCCCCCUGCUACGCCAUCUUCGGUUGCUUGUAGUUCAUCGCCAGGAACACUGCUGAAUAAGAACAAAUUUCGCAAACUGAUAUCCUAUAGGAUAGGGUGUGCUUCGGUCGGAGGGGUUGGUUUGGAGCUACUUGAAGGUGGGUGGCUUUGGCCCAGGAAGUCUGUGCGGGUGUUUGUCGCCGGGGAUCUUCCGGCCACUGCCCAGUCUGUGCUCAAUGGUUUUAUGCUCUAA